AGAGCCUAACAUGUUAAAAAAGUAACAUAAUGACCUAUUACACGCAUAUAGUUACUGAUGGAGUUAAUUAUUCUGAGCGAGGUGUUCAUACUCAUGAAAACUUUAAACGGUUUAUUUUAUUCUAGUUAUCAUUCCUUAAUAAGAAACCGUUUCAAAAUUUCAGAUAAAAAUUUGGAUAUAGUACUCUCUUUAGCAAACGAGUAUCAGACAGCAGACUUGUUACGUAAAUGUGUUGAAGUCAUCAACCAGCGCGUGGAAUCACUUUCCGAGGUCAGUAUAUACAUACCGCCCUCCCGGAUAGUCACAUAUUUACGCUGGAUCGAGAAGUUCAACAUUGACGAUGCAAAAGCAUGCGUUGUGAAGUCAGCAUCGUACCUAGAGGGAAAAAAACUCCAGAAAGAACCAGGCUACAAGGAUAUCGGAUAUGAACUUAAACUUGAGAUAUCUUAUGCCAGAGCCGAACUUCUAGAAAGUCUAUUUGUGGUGACUGUUGAAGAGAUUAUGGAAAAAAUACAACAGUUAAAGAUUCCAGUUUCUAUGCAUUACCUGCCAAUUUGGAGAAAAAAUAUCACCAAGAUAAUAAGAAACGAAGUGCAGUUGAAAGGCGUAGACAGGAUCACACCUAUUCUUUACCGAGAAAAAAAGACGAAAGAGCAGCUUCCAGGCAUUUUUGCAAGCAUGUAUAUUUGUGACAAAUUGAAGCUCACGAGAACCUAUGAAGUAUGCUUGACGAGUUUAAAACUGUCAAAAAUAAAAAGGGCCGAUUUUGAAAAAGGUUGGUCGAGUUAUUUUGCUGAUAUAAGUUAUGCCAAGGAACGUGAAUCUGGAAAGCUACAUGCACUCCAUUUCUGUGAUUGUUCUUAUUGAUUUUAAGAUUUAUAAAUUUUUGAUAGCUUUCGAAUUUUAUCAAUUUGAUAAAACUGACAUCUUCAUCACUGUGAUAAAUAUCACGUUUGAUGUGGUCGCGGUGUAAUAAUCCUACUCCCAGGAUAGACAGAUGAGAACGAUACUUAGACUUGCACUUCAUUGGAAGCCAGAGAUCUUUUGUUUAAACGUAGAUGAAACGACAGUAGAUUAAGAGGAUUUUUGAUACAUUUUUGCUAUAAACACAAUGUAAUAAGCUAACUACAACACUGAAACAUUUUUUGUCAGAAAAUCUGACCAAAUAGUUCAAAAAGAAACAGAAUUGCGUUGCGUAGCUAUUCAAAAUGGUGCACAGACUUGUUAUUUAGCGUAACGUCAUAAGAAUAUGGCAGCAAAAAUGUCGGUAUAAAAUCUCUUUAAAGGUUUGAUGCGGGACAAUUUUCGUCGUCGUUGGAAGUUUCAAUUGUUAUAAAUAUACAAUUUAAAAUUUUCCACUUGAAUUCCAUAUUUCUUUUACCCGUACGGCAAAAUGUACCAAUAUUUUCAUUCGUGUCAAGCACUCGUAAAAUAUUGGUAUUCUGCCAUACCGAUGCCAAGCAAACAUAGUAUUCAACGGGAAACUCCCCCAUUUAUCUUACUGACGAACACAAUUUCGAAAAUCCAUCUGCAAUAUCAGCAGAACAUAUGAUCGACUUAAUCCUCGAAAUCUAGGGUUACUGUUCUUGAAACUCAUAUAUUCUUUGCACCACUUAAAUAUGUCAUGGCGAAAUUGCUUAUUAUACAAUUGUACUAGUCUUUAAGCUAUUUUAUGGAGAUCAUAGGAAUCGCGCGGCAGCGUAUCGAUUAAAUUGACAGGCUUUGAAGUUGUUUGUAGCUCCUCAGUAAUCUUCAAAAGGACAGGUACAAAUAUAUCGGCCUAGUGAUUGGUUAGGAUUGUAUACCUGAAACUAAUCAAGUAGCUAAUAGCAUGCUUAAAUACAUCUCCCAGUGAUGCAGAGAAGGUAUCGGGAGAGGAAUCCCUGGAUUUCUAGGAUGGACUGAUUCAUGAACAUACAUUUGAAUGAUAUAGAACAUUCAGUGAAUCUAUAUUAAAUAACAAAGAAAUGACUAUUCCAUCAGUAAUAAGCCACCAAAACGUGUUUUAUUGAGUGGUUUUACAUUCAU